UAAGAGAAGCUCUUGAGACGUGACGGCGGUAAAAUCUUCAUCUUCCUUGGCGAUCUCUCUUUCUCUGCAAAUGGACCCAAAAACCGACAAGCUUGUCCGAAGAACAACCGUCGUGGCUACGGCGACCGCUGCCUACUUCCUUCUCACCGCCGACUACGGUCCCGGUCCCAACAUCCUUGACCCAAUUAAAAAUGCAAUCUUAUCGGCUGAACGUUCUGUGAAGGGAUUCAUUUUUGGUGAAAAGAGUUCAAAAGAAGACAAUAAUGAUCAGGAGAAGGUAGCACCACCACCCAGCAAGAAACAACAGCAGCCAUAACUCUUUUAUGUUUUAGGGUUUCAAAUGAAAAUGGAUAAAGAUUACAAUGGGAUAACCAUGUUUGUUUUUUUAAUAAAUUAUGGGUUUGUGCUUUAUAAGUUAU